UUCGACUCAAGGGCACAUUUGACCCCCUUAUCCAGCUAGGCCCUUUGUACAAACAUGUGAAGAGUGCAAAUCCACGUCUACAAUAUAAGGAAACAAUGAUGGAGUUGUCUAAACAGACGGGAAUUGGAUAGACAACAAUAGAAAAGACAAUUUCGGAAUAUAAAUCUGAAGGAAAAGUAACGUCGCCAAACAGGAAGAAGCCGCGCGUCAAACUUGUUGACAAGUUAUGUGAAGAACAAGUAAUAAAUAUAAGGAAAAAAGUCCACGAUUUUUGGUUUCGUCGCGAAAUUCCGAAUGUAGCAAAAAUAUUGGAGGCUGUAAAUGACGAUGCGGAGCUUCCGUCAUUGAGCCAAACGUCAAUGUAUCGCGUAUUAAAGCGACUGCAAUUUAAAUUUAUGACUCGCCGGCGCAAUAGUGCGUUAAUCGAUAAAGAUAAUAUUGUCGCCUGGCGGCAACAAUAUCUUAGUAAUAUUGCAGAAUAUCGAUCAGAGGGGCGUCCGAUCUAUUAUUUAGACAAAACGUGGAUCAACUCUGGAGAUUGCCACAAAAGAAUUUGGCACAAUACGACAAUUACCUGUCCAACAAACGCGGCACAAAGGGGACUGUCCACAGGAAUACCGGAACCUUCUGGCAAGGGUAAACGCUUAAUUAUUGGACACGUCGGAUCAUCGGACGGAUUUUUAGGUGGAGCUCUCCUUUGUUUUCAAUCGAAAAAAGAGGUGGACGAUUACCAUAGCGAGAUGAACGGCGAUACGUUUUUUACGUGGUUCAGGGGCUUCUUGCCCAUGCUAAAAGAUAGGGCAGUAAUUGUUAUGGAUAAUGCUCCGUAUCACAGUGUAAAAGCAGAAAAGUAUCCCAAUUUUAGUUGGAAAAAGAAUGAUAUAAUUUCGUGGCUGCUACGUAAGAGGGAAAUACUAGAGGGACACCACGUAAAGGUGACUUUACUCACAUUAGUUGAAAAAUAUAAGCGCCCAGGCGACAAUUAUGUCAUCGAUGCAUUUACGAGUCAAUUUGGUCACACUGUGCUACGCCUCCCCCCUUACCACUGUGAAUUGAACCCUAUUGAAAUGGCAUGGGCACAAAUAAAAUCGUACAUUCGAGCCCGUAAUACGACAUACAAAUUGUCAGACGUCGAAAAAUUAGUCGACGAAGCUGUUGAAAACGUUACCGCCGAAACGUGGAAAAAUUUGAUACGACACAACGGAGAUAAAGAACAAGUUCCGUCAGCUCGACGAUAUCACGGAUGAUAUCUUAGAUGAUGAUGAUCCCUGGAUGCAUAACGAAUCCGACGAUUCCGACAAAAGUACUGUAGAAAUUGAGUAACACAGCCUUCACGUUCCUUCACGUUCUUCAGUUAAUAA